UGGGUGAAUAUAAUCAUUAAAAAGAACAAAAGUAAAGGAUGGAAUCUACAAGUAGACAAAUUGAUAUUUAUAAAGUCAGAAUGCUCUUUCAUCAAGCAAAACAGAUGGAAGCUGAAUCAAAAUGGGAGUCAGCCAAAAAUGUUUAUCGAGAAGUUCUGGCUUAUUAUCAAAAAUUAGGGCUAAAUUCCGAGGAAGAAGACGCAAGUUUGACAAAAAUGAUAAACUCAUGCGAGAUAAGUCUUAAGCUAAUGCAGUUGAAAUCUGAGUUACCUCCUUGACCAAAAAUAGGAGAUGUCCCUCUGAAUUCAGUUCAGAUUGAAGAGGAAAGUAAGACUGAUCCCCAAGAAAGAAAAACUGAUGAAUCCCUCAAUAUCAUUUUAAAUAGCUUAUCCAAACGCCCUGCUGAUGGUAUCUCGGCUGAAGCCCAGAAUGAAUUUGGGAGGAUUAAGCAUAUGCUAGAACAUACGAACCAGAGAGUCAAGAAACUGCUAAACUCUCUUAUGGAAAUGUACCUCAAAUUAGAAAUCAUAUACACUCGUGACUUUGUAGAGGUACUUGAUGGAAACGUUUAUGGAUACAAUAACCUUUUUGUUAAAAAUAUGAAUAAGCAGAUGAAAGAGAUGAAAAAGUACAUUUCAAAGGUGAUUGACUCAGCUGAUACUAAUUUAAACAAAGGGAGAGAUAUUUUGAAAAGCUCUCUUCUUUCUUCAACUCCAGACGACUAUUUCUCCAGUAAAAUUUCUCAGAGCUCUAUAAUGGAUCCGAAGAGACCUAUCGAAAUUACAGAAGAGGACAUCGAAAACUACCUAUCCGACUUAAACCCGCCUCCUUAUGUCAAAGAGGAGAAGUACAACAGCCUUAAGUCCAAAUAUAGAAAACUCUACAAAAAGUACAAAGAAUACAAGAAAUCCGCUGAAUCAAAAGACACUGAAAUCUCCCAACUUCACUCAAUAAUUUCCCAACUCCAAAACGACCAAGCCAAUCUUCUUCCCACAAAUAUUUCAUAG